GGCGCGUUUGACUUCCCCUGUUCUGUUCCAGGGGUUGGGCUGAAACGCCGUCUGCCUCCAACGCGUUCCUGCUUCAUCUGUUUACCAGUUCCUUUUUGGAUGAUGGGCACUGCAUACCAUCACCCAUUUUCCUGAUGGUCGCAGAAUGACUUGCGAACCUGCGAGCGGCUUCUAACGAAUACUCAACAUUCACACUGUGCACAUGCUGGAGCAGCACCGGAGCCAUGACCAGCAGCGACGUCCGACACCCGCCACAGCGCGGGCACGCCGAGCCCACACCACGCAUGAUCACCAGUGACGUGCACGCCGACGGGCAACCUGUCCGUGCCACAGCCGGGCUCGAGCCUCGGGCCCAAGGCCUUCAUGUCUCGGGACGUCCUGCCGCGCUGCUGCCCGCAGCCCCCCAGAGUGCGCCAUGCAGCGGGUGCUGGCGUGCGCGGGGGCCGCCGCCCUAGCCGACGGGCGGGUGUUCUUCUCCGAGACGUUCGGGGAGGGCUGGGAGAGCCGCUGGGCGGUGGGAUCCUGGGGGAGCGCCAAGCUCGGCAGGUGGGGCGCGGGCGCGGGAAGGUGGUUCAGGGACGAGGCCGCGGACAGGGGCCUCCAGACGAGCGAGGACGCCAACCACUUCCUCAUCGCGACGUCGUUCGAGACCUUCAGCAACGAGGGCAGGGACCUCGUCAUCCAGUACCAGGUCAAGUACGAGCAGGACGUGAUGAUCGGCGGCGGCUAUCUCAAGAUUGGCCCGAAGCUCGAGGACCUCACCACCUUCGGAAAGGAGACCCCGUACAACAUCAUGUUUGGACCAGACCAGUGGGGGGACAACAGGAAGACGCAACUCAUCUUCAAUUACAAGGGCACACCCGUUGCAAAGACGUCCGACCUGAGCUACAGGCAAGGCAACGAUUUUGGCGUCUCCCACCUCUACCGCAUGGUGCUUAAACCUGACAACACCGUCCGCGUCGAGAUCGACGAGGCGACGAUUUACGAGGGGUCUAUAAAGGAGGAUUGGGACGUUUUGAAGAAAUGGAUCCCGGAUCUAGAUGACAGGAAGCCGAAGGAUUGGGUGGAUAUAUCUGAAAUCGAGGAUCCCGAGGACAACAAGCCAGACGAUUGGGUGGAGGAGAAGCGCAUCGUGGACGAGUCGGCAUCGAAGCCAGACGGUUGGGAUGAGGAGGAUGAUGGUGAGUGGAUAGCCCCUAUGAAGGACAACCCUGCGUACAAGGGCGAAUGGAGCGCUAAGAAGAUCACAAACCCUGCGUACAGGGGGGAUUGGACGUUUAGGAUGAUCGCUAACCCUAAGUAUGUGGACGAUGACAUGGUGUAUUCGUACCCUAAUUUUGGUUUCUUGGGGUUCGAUGUGUAUCAGGAGAAGGGUGGUACCAUUUUUGAUAACAUCAUCGUGUGCGACGACGUAGCAGAGGCCGACGAGUUCGCCAAGAGGUGGCGGGCCCUGAACAAGGUCGAGAAGGCCAGGAGAAAGGAAGAGGACGACGCCAGGACGGCCGGGAGCGCUCACCCUGAGAAGCACGACGGCGGCUUGGGCGCCCGUGGCCGUGCAGAGUUGUAAUGAAUUGUCGCGCCGCCGAUGAUCCCGCAGAACCCUGGGCCCGAACUGCACGGUGCCAUGCUCGCUUCCUGCCGACCCAUGACGACGACGAGGAGGGGGCCGAGGAGACGCUUCUGCCUUGCAUCGAUGGAGCCGCCGCGGCAUUCGCUGGCAACGGCGACGCUCGGUGACUGCACCCGCGCUCGGUGCUGAGAUGCGUCGUUGCAUCCGGCAUCAGCAGGAGCCGGCCGCAGGGCGCCGCGGCGACCGCCGCGCCCGAGGCGGCGUCGCCCCGAGGCAUUGGCGUUUGAGGGUGCAGGCGCGGGGAGAUCGGCUUGCGCGGGGAACUCCUUCUUCUGGGUUUUCGGCCUGACCGUCGCGGGGUCCGUGCUAGUUCGGCUCAAAGUGUGAAUACUUCGCGCAUCCUCUCCAGCCCCCGCGGAAAAGAUGCCCAGGCAGAAGACAACCGACGACAAAGAGGCGAAUAGGAC